AUGGCGCGGCACUCUCGCGCGCUGCACCCGUUCCUUCUUCUUCUUCUCGCAUGUGCCCUUUUCCAGAGCUCCUACAGCUCGAGACCGGUGGUUCACAGCGCCGACGAACCUGCACGCCACGGCGACGGGCCGACGACGCAGGUCCGGCGCCCCACGGAGGAGGAAGCGGCCGGUGUCCAUCGUGAAGCAGACGCCAAUGGUGCGGCAUCAGCAGUAGGCGACGGCGGUGCUGUUGGGUCGGAGCAGUGGAAGAAAGGAGCACCGGUGGCGCAACAGGUGAUGCCGCGUUCGAAGCUGCCACCCCAGGUUCCUGGAGGAGAGGUGGAGGAUUCGGUGGCCCGGCCAUCGUGCCGCUCCAACGACGUGCGCAUAACCUGCUUGUAA